UUUUUAAACACACACGCUACGGAUCUCCAGUCCAUAAGAAUUCUACCUACAUCUACUCACAACACACUACUUCCGUGCAUUCGAAACAUCUCAUGUGUGGCUGCGAUGACUGAUCUUUAACUGUUUUGCUGUGGAACCGUAUGGAAUACGAACAAGCCUUAGAAAAUCGAAAAAUUCAUCCGCAGGCGUAAAUCCGCAUUUCCUAUUCUCCAUCGGGUGUCGCGGUACUGGAACUGGAAGUUGAUGAGAUGGCGUUUGCCCUCUUUCCUUCAUCCCUCCCUCUUCUUCAAACUAGAGCCUCCUCGCUAGCUCUGGUUGCAAGACCGAUGACGAUUUCGUCUUCUCUCUCUUCGCCGACAAAUGCACCUGCUUUAAAGAAAUGGGUUGCUGAUUUUCAUUCCAAAUCUCUAAAUUUCGCGCUCUCAGGUGCUCUUGCACUAGCCUUGUCGCUCACUGGAGUUGGAAGUGUGGAGGCGAAAGUCGGGGUUAACAAGCCAGAAUUGCUUCCUAAAGAGUUUAGCCCUGUUAUAGAUGUGGCUGGAUUCCUGUCUGCUGGCCAGCAGGAGAAAAGGCUUACACAGGAGAUAGCUGAUCUUGAAAGAGAUACAGGAUUCAAGCUGAGAAUUUUGGCACAAAAUUACCCUGACACACCAGGGUUAGCAAUUAGAGAUUUUUGGCAAGUGGAUGAUAGAACAAUUGUCUUUGUUGCUGACCCCACCUUUGGCAAUAUAUUGAAUUUCAAUGUUGGGGCUUCAGUUGAUUUAGACAUACCACGUAGCUUCUGGAGCCGUCUGGCAGGGAAAUAUGGGAACAUGUUUUAUUGGAAAGAGAAGGGGGAAGAUGCAUCUAUUGAAGCCGCUGUCAUGGCAAUAUCAAAUUGCUUGAGAGAGCCUGUGGGCCCAAGUAACUGUUCAGAGGUAAAGUAGUAGAACCACAGUAGUAAAAUGAAUUCUAUUCCAGAAUGGCUACUGUGACCAAUCUUGUACAUUUUUUCUGAAAAUAGUUUUAUAUGAUAGCGAGGUUCUUUUGGCUUGUAUUAUUAUGUAUUAUAGAUUGUAAAAUGAGAUGAUAUAUUUUCUAUAUUUGAUGAUGAUUUCACUUUCUUCCUUCUGAAACUGUAAGGUUAUGUAACUUAGUAUGUUUGAGAAAAGAAAAUUGUAUUUUUGACAUAAAGUUAGGCUGUUGAGAUUACUGAAUUUCACUAUCCUGUCAAUGCUUUAAGAUUGACAGGCAUGUGGACUAAUUGAAAUGUCUA